AUGCUACUCGCUGCUAGCUGUUCAUACCAAAUCGAUAUUGCCAAGCAAUGUGGCUUCGAAUCUCUAGUAUCUGACGAGAGGUACUAUACCAGAGUGCCAAGUGGCAUUGAAGAUGGCCCAUUGGACAUCUCGCGAGUCACCUUGCUACUAUCGUACUACAGCUUGUAUUCGGAAAUCACAACGAAUUCGAAAUGGUUGAGAAUUGCAAUUACACAUGCCAAGAGCCAAAAAGUCCAUCGAUACUCCUGUCCUCUAAUACAGACCAAAAGGGACAGGUCUGAGCUAAAAAGAGUCUGGUGUCGUAUCCGUGAUCGUAUCAUAUCCCUGGGAGUGAAUCGCCCAAUUCAAAUUGCCGCGGAGUUUGGCCUUAACAACCUGGGGCUGACAAUUGACAAUUUGGCGGUCGAGAUAUUCCACUCCGAAGUCUACAGAACCGAGACGAAAUCCGCCCUCUGCCGGGUGUUGUCUAGGCUUGUGCCAUUUUGUAGUACCGUAACAAAGCUACUUACAAUAGUAUACCCUACAACACAAGCAUUAUCAUGGAGCGUGCAGGACCAUGGUGUCGAGCUCGCAAGGCUAGAAGAGGCGAAGUCGUCCUUAUUGCAGUGGGAGCUCGACUGGAUGAUGCCCAUGGAUGGCAAAUGCCCCUAUCUGCACUCGUCUCUAGUACUCUAUACGAAUCUUACUGCAUUGUACUACUACUCGGCUCGAACUGCGCUUUGCAAUUACAAAUGCCUUAAAAUUGGCGAGACACGGUCUCCCAAAGAGCAUGGCGAGGAGCAACUGGUCACUUGUAGGACAGAGCUGAUGAAGGCAACUGGAUCAACUGCACAGAAAAUCAAACCGAUCCUUACAAGUGGAGUAGCCGAUAAGCUUCCAAUUAGUGCUGUGGUAUAUACAGUGAUGCUACACAUUCUGCUUAGUGCUAAGGCACAACUAUCAAUCAGCCCAGAGGACAAGCAGUACUACGAAGUAAUAUUACUCUUCUUCAUGGAAAUCUAUCGCCAUUACAGUUUCAGAUAUUAUACGAAGCGAACUCUGGCCGUGACAUCAGCGGCGCUCCAGCUCUGUCAACAUCCUUCUAUUCGCCUGCAAGUUCGGACACAAAUCGACGAGGGAACUGCUCUCCCGACCUGUUUGAGCUUCAUCUGA